AAGAUGCCCGUUCAGAUCCCGGACGACUCGGACUUCUCGUCCUUCAAGGAUCAGUGCCUGAACGGAGACGGCUGGGCAAGGCGAUACCACAAGGGAGGGGUGACGGUGUGGUGCUGCCCGGAUGAGAGCAGGAGCGUACAGAAGAUCAAGAUGAAAAUUACGUGCAAGGACGUGAGUGCGGAGACGCUGUACGACGUCCUGCAUGACACCAGCUACCGCAGGAAAUGGGACACCAACAUGAUUGACACCUAUGACAUCGGCAGGCUGACGGUCAAUGCCGACAUUGGAUAUUAUUCCUGGCGGUGUCCCAGUCCGCUGAAGAACCGCGACUUUGUGACCAUGAGAUCCUGGCUCCCGCUUGGCAGUGACUACCUGAUCAUCAACUACUCUGUCAAACACCCGCAACACCCUCCCAAGAAGGACUUUGUCCGAGCCGUGUCUCUGCUCACCGGAUAUUUAAUCCAGUCCAACGGCGCCAAUAGUGCCACGCUGUACUACCUGACCCAGGUGGACCCUCGAGGUUCUUUACCAAAGUGGGUGGUGAACAGAGUCUCUCAGUUUGUGGCUCCCAAGGCAAUGAGGAAGAUCUACAAGGCCUCUCAGAAGUAUCCUGAGUGGAAGAGGAAGCACAAUCCCAACCUGAAGCCGUGGAUGUUUCCAGAGCAAAACACGCUGCCAUGCAUCAGCUUGGCCGAUCUCACGGUGCAACGUGCUGACUCGUUAGAGAACAUUGACGAGAGCGGCCUGAGUGAGGAGAAGACCAACCACAGUGACGAUGACGAGACUUGA